GCGGUCUGGUGGUGUGGCCGCGGCUCCCGACGCGCUCGCGCUGCCGCCCCGCCCCCUGCGCGGCCCGACGGGAGGUGCGAUGGCCUCGCGCAAGAGCUCCAGGGGCGCCGGCGGCAGCCCCAGCCCCGGCUCCAAGAGAGAGACUAAGCAUGGAGGAAGCAAGAAUGGAAAGAAAGAAGGCCUCUCUGGAAGCUCAUUUUUCACCUGGUUUAUGGUAAUUGCUUUGCUGGGAGUUUGGACAUCAGUGGCAGUUGUCUGGUUUGAACUUGUAGAUUAUGAAGAAGUUCUAGCCAAAGCAAAGGAUUUCCGUUAUAACUUGUCAGAGGUCCUACAAGGCAAGCUUGGGAUUUAUGAUGCUGAUGGAGAUGGAGAUUUUGAUGUGGAAGAUGCUAAAGUAUUGCUAGGCCUUAAAGAAAGAUCUGUCCCAGCACAGCCAACACCACCUGAGUCUGAGGAGACUGUCCAGGCUGCUGAGACGUCCUAUGUCGAAUCAGAGCACAAGACUGCUGAUGUAGAAUUGGAAGACGAAAGUCAGUCUGUUCUUCAUGAAACUCUCCAUUCCCAGCCUGGAGAGAGGCAUGAAGAUGUAGAUGAAAGUAUAAGUGACCAGUGGCAAGUGAAGGAAGAAAUACAUGGAGAAACUUUUGAAGCUCCUACAACAGAUGACAUGCACAGAGAAUUAGAGAAUGCAAUGCCAGAAGCAUAUGAGACACCAGACUCAAUUCAGAAAGAUGCUGAUCUUUUGGCAGAUGAUCUUGAAGCAGUGGAGUCUGAGCCCUAUGAAGUUCCAGCUUCAGAUGAUUAUGUUGCAUCUAUGGAGGAGAGAGUAACUGAACCAGAAGCUCCAGGUGACUCUGAGGUAGUGCUAGAGGAUGCUAUGGAACAUUACACAGAGGAUAUAAUGCAUGACAAUUAUAAUGAAGAUCAAGAACCCAAACAUGAAAAGCAGGCUGAGACUCAAGAUACAGCAGUUCAUGACCUUCCAGAGGAGCUGAAUGAAGCCACAGAGCCAGAUAAAAUUACUGAAGAUUUUGAUAUUGCUAAAGAUGUUUCAGUAGAAAGUAAGAAAACAGAAGACAACGUGGCCAUUGAACCAAAGGAAUCAGAAAUACCUGUUCAAGCUGAGGAUUAUUCAAAUGAUGUUCGAGUGGAUACUUAAAGCUUCAAAAGAAAAGUCCCUACAUCAGGAGGACCAGCCCUAACCAUACGCUACAAAAGGGGAGCAGAUGGUUGUAAUAGAUCUUAUGAUGUAAUUACCCAGCAGUUCAGGGUUUGGGGAAUGAACACUAAGAUGUUGUAACUGGGUUUUAGCCAACUGUCAUUUUAGUAAGCAUUUUUAACACUUGGAUGUUUAGUUUACAUUCCUGUCUGAUAUUAUUUUUUUUCCCUCGGUCAAGUUUAGUGAAUUAAUUAUUUUUUUCUUCUGUGUUUGUGACAGAAUUGCAACUUUGAGCUGCAUUUCAUGUACUGUUUAAGCAAUUGUUAAUAUUCUAUUUAUAACGUAGCAGCAAGUACAUUUUUUCAGAUUUUAAUAUAUAUCUUUUGUUGUGGAUUCAUACAGUAUGUACAGAGCAGUUUGGUCAAAUGAAACAUAUUAUGAAUUUUUAAAUGUUUUAUAACUGCUGAUAUAUCAUACAGCCUAGUUGCAUUUUAUUAAAAACACUAAUCAGACACACACUAUGCUGUGAAGUUUGACUUAUCUCUCUUUGCACUGAUGUUAUGUCAACAGUUACACUACAUGAGUUUCAGGUUAUUUUUAAAAUAGCCUGAUGCAAAGAUGCAAAAUGUGUGUGUUUAAUUUAUACUGAUAAAAGAGCAGAUUAUUAAAUUACACUUUUCUAAAACCAUUUAUAUGUGAAUUAGAAUUCUUUAUGCCCAUUUGAUUUAUAAAACAAAAAUGUCUGGAGACUACAUGAUAGACUUUCAGAAAGUCAGUAGAGACUGCAACAAAACUGAGUUGCUGGAAUCAGGUUGAAUUUAGUAAAAUUUUUCUGGUUUGCCUCCCAAUAUAAUGAUCUUAAAGCUAGAUUUAGUUAGCUUUACAUGCAGUAAAUUAUUUAAUAAGUCAAGUUUGUAUAAAUACAUGAUUUGCAAAUUUUAUUUAAAAAAAGGAAAAAAACUUCGGAAAUUCAACCUUUGGAAAAGUUCAAUGUCAAAAUUUAAGACCUACAGUUAUAAAUGCUCUUAUAAAUGGUACAUAUGAAAUUUAGACUGUGAGUGAUUUAGGAUUUUAAUAUAACAGGUGUGGUUUUUACCUGUUCUGUGCUGCUGUUCCACAAUUAUGGAGACUUAUUUUAUUCUUUGGUAUUUUGCAUGUGUUCCUUUUUGGCUCAGGAAUAAUUGCUGUGAUUUUUAGGAAGUUGCCAAGCCUGUUACAGGAGCUUAGGAGAAAUAAAGUAACAUAAAUUUAUAAAAAGAAAAGUCAAUUUGGUAACCCUAAUAGUGGUUGCCUUUGGGUUUACAGGGAGACUUUCAAGUUCUGUGACACUGUUUUGAAGUCAGGUUUCUAGAUGCUUAAAUUUGUAGUGAAAGGGGCAUCGUAUAUGCUUGCCUUUUUUGGUAUUGGGAUUUCAGUGAGACUCCACGUGAGUGUUGCAUCUGAUCAACAAAUACAGAUGUCCCAAAGUGAUUUCUUUAGACUUUUCAGGAAAGCAAUAAUACUCUUAGACUGUGAUGUGUUUUGGGAUGGGAUGUUCUAGUAAAAAUACCUGUGAUUGUGAAUUGCAGAGCAAUAAUCUUUACAAAGCCAUAUUUUGUGAGGAAUCUUGGUAAUAAUUUUAGAAUGGUGAAUGGAGGACUUUUUAUAUAACAGUGACAGUCUAUUUGUAGAAUUAUGAGACUGUGAGAGUAUAUUAUGCUGUGAUCAAAUUUUAAAUAUUUUGUAACUGGGUAUGUGAUUUUACGUGCUUCAUGUUUACAAAAAUAUGCCAAGCUGAGCAAGGUCAAGUGGACUAUUGAAAAAUGUAUAUUUAAUCCAUUUUAUUGUUUGGCUGCAAUAAAACACAGAAGAAUA